AUGGUAGGGCUGCAGGUCUGCGUGCUUCUGAUCUCCACCAUGCUCAGCUUCAGCUCUGGAGAAAGAAGCAGCAGUCUGAAGGAUCAGGAGGACGAUGAUGGAGGCACAUCAACCAACUGCAGGAACGUCAAACAUGCACUUUUGGAGAAAGGAUUUACUUCUGUUAGGAUCCACCAGCACCCCACUGCAGGUGAGCAGCUGAGGGUUUGUUCUCAGGAGAGAACCUGCUGCAGGCUGGAGAUGGAGGAGCUUCUGCUCCAGCACAGUAAACUUCAGCUGGAGACGCUGGUGGAGGAGAGCAGCUCGGCCCUUCGCUCCAUCUUCACCAACAAACACAAGAAGUUUGACGAGUUUUUCCUGGAGUUGCUGGACAGCUCGGAGAGGUCUCUGAACGUCCUGCUGGCGAGAACCUACAGAAAGCUGUUCAGCCACAACUCGGAGCUGCUGGAGGACCUGUUCUCAGAACUGCGGCGCUACUACACAGGGGGCAACGUCAACCUGGAGGAGAUGCUAAGCGAUUUCUGGGCGCGGCUCCUGGAGAAGAUGUUCCAGCUGCUGAACGCUCGUUUCUCCUUCACGGACGAUUAUCUGGAGUGUGUUAGCAAGUACACGGACCAGCUGUGGCCCUUCGGAGCUGCGCCGCGCAAACUCCGCCUCCAGAUCACACGCGCCCUCGCUGCCGCCCGCACCUUCGUCCAGGGGCUGAUGGUGGGACGGGAGGUGGCCAACCGUGUAGCCAAGGUGAACGUGUCCCCGGGUUGCAGUAAGGCUCUGGUCCGGAUGCUGUACUGUCCGUACUGCGGAGGGUUUGUGGGACUGAAGCCGUGCAGGAGUUACUGUCAGAACGUACUGAAGGGCUGCCUGGCCAACCAAGCCGACCUGGACCUGGAGUGGAACGUCUUCAUCGACUCCAUGCUCCUGGUAGCUGGCCGGUUGGAGGGACCGUUGAGUAUCGAGGCGGUGAUGGAGCCGAUCGAUGUGAAGAUCUCUGAGGCCAUCACGACUCUACAGGAGAACAGUCCGCACCUCUCGGCCAAGGUGUUUCAGGGUUGCGGUCACCCCAAACCUCUGGCGUCUGGAUCGGGUCGGAGCAGCCGCAGUGCUGAGGAAGCGUUUCAUGAUCGGUUCAGACCGUCCAGCACCGACGAUCCUAAACUCUCACACACCUCCGGACUACAGAGACUGAGGAACGUUUGGAGAACCAUGCAGCUCAGUGUUCUGGAUCUGAAGCAGAAGCUGAAGCAGGUCAGGAGGUUCUGGUCAGCGCUGCCCGAGCAGAUCUGCUCCAGAGAGACUCUGAUCGAGCCGGACAGUCAGCAGUGCUGGAACAGUCACACCAAAGGAAGAUAUUUCCCGGAGGUGGUGAAGGACGGCCUGACCAAUCAGCUGAGUAACCCGGAGGUGGAGAUGGACGUCACGCGUCCCGACACCUUCAUCCGGCAGCAGAUCAUGGCUCUGAGAGUGAUGAGCAACAAACUGAGGAACGCCUACAACGGCAACGACCUCAGCUUCCAGGACUCCAGUGAUGAGGUCAGCGGCUCCGGCAGUGGGAGUGGCUUCACCACGGAGUUCGAGCUCACGGUGACGGAGGCGCCGGCGGUAGAGGUGGGGCGGAGAGACCAGGCCACGCCCCUCAGACCAGCGUCUGAUAUAGCCACGCCCCUCAGGCCUGUUAAGGACAAAGCCCCACCCGCUUCCCCCUCAGCUCUGACUCUGCUGCUCACUGUGCUGCUGCUGUUCUGGUGGAGAUAA